AUGGCGUCCGCAAACAAAAAACGUUGUAAAUUCACGGAUGUGUUAAAAUCUAAAUAUCCUUCUUUUACUGAGGAUAGAAAUGACCAGGAAGUGAAGUGUACUAUUUGUGAUUGUUUUGUGUCGAUUGGAUACAAAGGUGGAGCUGACAUAGAAAAACAUUUAAAAACAGAAAAGCACUUAAAGAAGAACCGAUUGUGCGCCAGUACAAGUAAGAUUGAUACUUUCAUUACCCAAAAAGGUAACAAAAGUAGUGCUGUUGAUGCCACGCUUGCUUUUCAUGUAGUUAAACACCACCAAUCUUACAAAAGUAUGGACUGUACUUCGCAGUUACUAAAAAAUCUAUUUCAUGAUUCUGAUUUGGCAAAAAAUCUAGCCUGCGCAAGCACCAAAACAGAGGAUAUUAUAAAUAAUGUCAUUGCGCCGUAUACUAUCGAAAUUCUUCUUAAAAAACUAGAAGACAUUGUGUUUUUUGGAUUGUCAACCGAUGCCAGUAACCACAACGCUGAUAAAAUAUUUCCGAUAAUCAUUCAAUACUUUGAUUGGAAGACUGACAUGGAAAGCAAAAUGCUUGAGUUUACAUCCUUGGAAAAUGAGACUUCGCUGACUAUUGCAAAUUACUUGCUUGCAACUCUUGAAAAAUACAAUUUAAAAGGUAAAUGUGUUUCUUUUACGGGUGAUAAUGCUAAUGUCAACUUUGGAGGUGUUACACGAAAUGAGGGAAAUAACGUUAUCACCCAUUUGAACCGGAAUCUAGAGCAAGAGAUAGUAGGUGUCGGUUGUCCUGCUCAUAUGUUACAUAAUGCAAUACGCCACGCAACCGAUUUGUUAGACAUUGACGUUGAAUCGUUAGUGAUGAAAAUCUUUAAUCAUUUUUCGGUAUACACUAUAAGAACAGAAAAGCUAAAAGAGUUGUGCAGCUACGUAGAUAUAAACUAUGAAAAACUCCUUUAUCACAGCAAGACAAGAUGGCUUAGUCUUUUUCCAGCUAUAGAAAGGAUUCUCAAACUAUACGAGCCAUUGAAGGAGUAUUUUACAACAACAGAAAAAGUACCUGUUCUGAUAAAAAAGUUCUUCGAAAAUUAA